AUUGUUCUUUUUGUUACGAAGGUACGAGGAAAAUGAAGAGGAAAAUGAAGAGGAAAAGGCAGAAGCCGAUGGACUCCUUUUUCAAGACAAGUAGUCAUGUGGUGGUCUAACAACAAAGAAGAAAGACAUUUCAGGAAAAUAAGUGCCCAUGGAAUUGACUACCAGGCUGAUUUCGGUGAAUUCUGCCUAAAAGGACGACAUCGAGGUCAGUUCAACACCAUCACAGCAGCAGGACAGUGAAUGAUCACCUGUUCUACAUGAGCCAGGUUAAACAAAAGGUGCGAGAUGCGCCAUCUGUUGGUGACACCCAGAGUCAGUGAUCAACACCCCCCAGGGAGUCACAGCCAGGCCUCUACUAUGGAAACUGCACUGAACCAUGUUCACAGUGGACACAGCACACAGGAGGACCAACCAGAGCACUCAGAGCCAAAACACGCAGAGAAAAACUUCCACUUUGCUCUCACAUUCAUCAGAGGCUCGCUGUCACAAUGGACGUCUCUCCCGUCUCUGUACCCUGUCAUAUUAUGAUGAAGCCUACAGACAAACCCUACAUACCUAGCUAGCAAUACAUUUAGAUUUCUUCCCUUUUAGCACUUUUAGAACUGAACUAAAGGGCUCUUUAAUCCAUUUUGUGGUAGAAAUUUAUUUAUAAACGCAUAUUACCUCAUAAGUCACCAUCAAAAUAUAAUAAAUUGGCUUUUUAUUUUAAUCUCUGAUUGUUUUAAUUAAAUUAAUUUAAGAGUAGUGAUGGAUACAACUACACUAGCAACCCUGGCUGCUGCCACUACCGUGGCUCUGGCCACUCAAACUACCAUGACGGGCUACUUGUGGCUGUUGGUGAUAGGCUUCAUCAUUGCCUUCAUCCUGGCUUUCUCUGUGGGGGCCAACGAUGUGGCCAACUCCUUCGGUACGGCGGUGGGCUCCGGAGUGGUCACCUUGCGUCAGGCCUGCAUCCUGGCCUCCAUCUUUGAGACGGUGGGCUCCGUGCUGCUGGGGGCCAAAGUCAGCGAGACCAUCCGAAAAGGCAUCAUUGACGUCGAGAUGUACAACGGCUCUGAACACGUCCUGAUGGCAGGAUCGAUCAGUGCGAUGUUUGGCUCUGCUGUGUGGCAGCUGGCUGCGUCAUUCCUGAAGCUCCCCAUUUCUGGAACCCACUGUAUUGUUGGAGCCACAAUUGGCUUCUCCAUGGUAGCCAGAGGUCACCAAGGGGUCAAAUGGAUGGAGCUACUGCGCAUUGUGGCAUCCUGGUUCCUGUCUCCUUUGCUGUCGGGCAUCAUGUCAGGGAUUCUCUUCUAUUUUGUUCGCAGAUUCAUUCUGAACAAGGCUGACCCCGUACCCAACGGUCUCAGAGCUCUUCCCAUCUUCUACGCCAUCACUGUGGGCGUCAACCUCUUCUCCAUCAUGUUCACAGGAGCACCAAUGUUGGGUUUUGACAGGGUGCCGUGGUGGGGUACACUGUGCAUUGCGCUGGGCUGUGCCUUCGUCACAGCUUUGGCCGUUUGGUUCGUUGUCUGUCCGUACCUCAAGAAGAAAAUCAAACGAGAAACAGCGGAUGCUCCCUGUGAAACUCCACUAAUGGAGAAGAACCCCAGCAAACCUGCGCCAGCAGAGCAGCCCUCAACUCCUCGUGAACCCCAGACUCCUCCAGUAGACAGUCAGAAGGUGGCUUUCAAACUUGGAGGCUCAGAGGAAGCAGAUUUGGACAACAAUGACAUGGAAACCAAAGACUUGGAUAUCAGUAAUGGUCUGAAUGGCAAUUUUGGCCCCAUGAUGAUCACUGAUCCUCACAGUGGACGCUCCCACACGAUCCACAAAGAUUCUGGCCUGUACAAAGACCUGCUACACAAGCUUCACGUGGCUAAAGUUGGCGACUGCAUUGGCGACAGUGAUACAGAGGAGCGGCCCAUUAGGAGGAACAACAGCUACACCUCCUACACCAUGGCGAUUUAUGGCAUUCAAGGAGAUCCUAAAUACAAGGACCUGGAUGGAGGGCUGCAGGGAAGGCCGAGGGUGGGCAGUAGCAGCAGCUACACCUCAACAGAGACCAAUGGGAGUACAGUCCAGGAAGAGACCGCGACUCAAACUGAAGCUGGCAAGGACGACGCUCUGGAAGAAGAUGAACUGGAGGUCGACCAACCGGCCGUCUCCUUGCUUUUCCAGUUCCUGCAGAUACUCACAGCAUGUUUCGGCUCCUUUGCUCACGGAGGGAACGACGUCAGCAAUGCGAUUGGUCCACUGGUGGCACUCUGGCUUCUGUAUGAGAGCGGCUCCGUGGUGUCCAACCAACCGACGCCCAUUUGGUUGCUUCUUUACGGCGGAGUGGGCAUCUGCGCUGGACUCUGGGUAUGGGGACGAAGAGUGAUGCAGACCAUGGGCAGAGACCUUACACCCAUUACACCCUCCAGUGGGUUCAGCAUUGAGCUAGCUUCAGCACUCACAGUUGUUGUGGCAUCCAAUAUUGGUCUUCCUGUCAGCACAACCCACUGCAAGGUGGGAUCCGUGGUGGCCGUGGGAUGGCUGCGCUCCAGGAAAUCCGUUGACUGGCGCCUGUUCAGGAACAUCUUCAUCGCCUGGUUCGUCACGGUUCCCAUCUGUGGUUUGAUCAGCGCUGCCAUCAUGGCUCUCUUCAUAUAUGUCAUCCUGUGAGCUUCCUACCACCAACAGUUUUUGUUUGACUGACUGAUAAAACUGUGCUAACAAACAUAUUCCACUUGGACUCUCUAUUAAUGAUGUGCAUAAUAUCAUUCAAUGUCAUUUCAAGGUCAAGCCAAUAAUGUUAUCUCACAGGAAUAUGUCCAUGAAUGAUGUAGGAUCGGAUAACACUGUUCAAAUAUCCUGUGGUCUUGUACAUCCCAAUGUAUAUUUGUAUAGAAGCAAUAUGUAUUAAAAAUCAAAUAAUUCCAUUUUGACUGAAAAGGAACAAAUAACAGUUAUAUUCUAUGUUUGCAUAUUUGAAUGUAAUAAAACGUGUUGCUUGAUUUGAAGGGAUUUCAAUGUAUUUUACUCACUAUUAAACAUUUUCCACUGAAUCGUAUUUAGUGUGUGUGCAUGUGGGAGGGAUCGGUUAGUAAAAACAAAACAUAAUGAUGCAGUUUUGUUUUAAAACACACUGACAAAGAUUCAUUAUUGUAUAAAUGAAACAACACGUGGUUUAUACCCUCCUCACCCCAUGUUCUCAUGUAUAGUAUUUGGGGAAAAUAAAGGUUUAAUGCUGUU